CUUUAUCUGUUACACACUGAACGGCAACGUCGCGUUAAUCUCCAAUAUGGCGGAGGAAACUGUUUUGAAUGAAGGCGCGUCCUUUAUGGAUCCUUUUAAAGGACUUUUGUUGACAUAUUUUAUGCCGGAAUCAUGUUACGACGAGUUCUUUCUCAACUUUAACUUUCUGUACGUACCAUGUCUGAAGAUUGUGCUGAGCAAAGGCCUGGGGAUCGGCAUCAUCCUGGGAUCAGUGAUGGUGAAGUUGCCUCAGAUCAUCAAGCUGAUGGGAGCAAAGAGCGCUGAGGGGCUGAGCUUCCAGACGGUGCUGCUGGAGCUGCUGGCCAUCACCGGGACGAUGGCCUACAGCAUCGCCAACAAGUUCCCUUUCAGCGCGUGGGGCGAGGCUCUGUUCCUCAUGCUGCAGACAGUCGCCAUUGGCUUCCUCAUUCAGCACUACGGAGGCAGAACCAGCAGAGGUGUGCUGUUUCUGGUGGUGUUCAUCGCCCUGCUGGUCCUCGUACUGUCUCCGGUCACUCCCAUGCCAGUGGUCACCUACCUGCAGGCCUCCAACAUGCCAGCCAUCAUCAUCGGCAGGCUGAUCCAGGCAGCCGCCAACCUCCGGAACGGGCACACGGGCCAGCUGUCGGCCGUCUCCGUCUUCCUGCUGUUCGCCGGGUCCCUCGCCCGCAUCUUCACCUCAGUACAGGAAACCGGAGACACGCUGAUGGCCGUCACCUACGUCAUCUCCUCCGCCUGCAACGGCAUCAUCGCCCUGCAGGUUCUCUACUACUGGAACAGCUCCCCGGAGCGCAAGAAGAAGAAAAAGAAGAGCGAGUAGGCUAAAGGACAGUUGCUAAACUUUCAAUCAAUAGCACUUUUUUUAUUUCCGUGUCCCACUCCCCUACAUUCUCAAAGAAGUGUCUUUAAAACUUGAACUAAUUGACGACAUGAAACGCAUGUACAGUAAUACAGAGCCCGGGCCGGGAAGUGCAGGACACUGAACCUGCUCGACUACGAUGUGAACGUACUGUAAGGUGACGAGCGGACCUUCCACGCGGGCCCGCCGGCUUUAUGAUUGACAGCCAGCCGCUCUUAUUGGUGGCGUUUAGCUGUGAGCAGGGCUGCCGGGUCCAGACCCCCCGCUGUGCAGAACGCUGUAAUUACAUUCCUCCCCAUCCUCAUUACUGUCAGGCUGGGUUCACACUAGGGCUGCACCAUAUCAGGAAAAUAUGCUAUAUGCAAUAACAUUGUUGAGCGUCACGGUAACCAUAUCACUUGCGAUAAAUAAACAGAUAUUAAAGAGUGCUCGGUUCCGCGUCUUUGCUGCUUUUGGUAUUCCCCUACAAUACAACAUAUGGCUUGUUGAAUUUAAAACAAAUGAAAGGAAAUCCUUUCCAACAUUCUUUUAUUGAGCAAACUGAACAUUGAAAAGAAUAUACUGUAAAAGGCGCCACUAAAGCAAAGUGACCGUUACAUUUUAAAAGUGCAGUUUGCUGCUAACUAACAGUUUUUAUUAUAACUAACACAAAAAGUUCUCUGAGGGCCCUACCGUAUAUCGCACCCAGCGCAGCGCAAAGACAAUAUAUAUUGUGCGGCCCUAGUUCACACUGCUGUGUUUAAAUGUCUGGGAACAGCUUGUGUACUUGUCUGUUGAUUGGUCCCAUCCAGGGCCUCUGAGUUAGCAUUCUAGUCAUGUAGAGUAUUUUUGUGGAAAUGAUUUGAAAUGUAAAGAAUGAUAUGUUGUUUUGUCAUUCCCACAUAAACGGAAUCCCACACUGG